GCCCGCGCAGCGCCGCCCCGCGGCCCGCCCGCCCGGCGCUCCCGCCGCUCCGCUCCCGCCCCGGCGGCUCCGCGGCCUGAGGAGCGGCCCCUCUGCUGCCCUGCGGCCCUCGCCAUGACCGAGGAGAAGGCAGAGUGGGAAAGCCUGAACAGGAUAUUAAUGCGUCAUGGGUUGAAACCCGUGAGUCUUGCUGCCCCCGAAAGCUGCGGAGAUACGUCAGAUAUGAUUGUCCUAGACCAUCAGUCUUCUCAAGAAAUAAGACUUGCAUUAAAAACGCUGGUGGAAGACACUGAGCGACAGCAGAAGGUGAUGCAGGGCCUUAUGGAGGCAAAUCGAUGUCUUAGAGAUGUGGUACAACUGGAACAAGGUCGGGCAUCUCGGCAGGAGCAACGGGCUAAUGAUUUGGAAAUUGUGGUGAAAAACAUUAAGGCCAAAAUUUGUCAGCUAGAAGAUGAAACAAUAGCUAAAGCGUGCCAGCAACAGAACCAAGUCAAGGAACUUCAAAAAGAGCAACAGGCUUCACGGGUAAAAUACCAACAGCAGCAGGAAAAGCUGCAAGAACAGGAGGAGAUCAUUGCCUGCUUGCAGAAGGAGCUGAGCAGAGUUGGGAGGGAGGAGCAGCAGCGAGCUGACACUCAAAACAAAAUGUUUUGUCAGUUUUGCAAAAGAGCUCCCAAGUCUGUUCUGGAUCAGCGGUACCUUUGUCUAAUUGACUAUUAUGAAUCUCAAAUUAGUCACAUUAAAAAGGAGCUGAGGCAAUAUAAAAAAGAUGAAGACGAGGUGCAGAGAGAAGUAAAAAACAAGGACGAGUUCUUAAAUCUAGAUGCUACUCCUAAUUACAAAGCACUGCUCAUGUCUUUCCAGAAGCAACUUACUGAAACAAAAGCCAAGAAUGAACAGCUUGUGCUUGAAAAUAUAAAUCUCAAGAAAAACUUGGAAAUAAGCAAGCCAACUGCACAGGAAUUAAAAUUUUACAAGCAUCAAGUGAAGAAACUACAGAAAGCUUUAAAGAAAACUGACCAAUUUUCAGGGAGUAGGACUGGAGAAAAAAAAGAAAAGAAAGACUCUGGGAGUGUUGCAAGAGUGGAUGAGCUUCAGGGAGCUUGCCAGCAAUACUUGCAGGUUUUGUCCCAUAUUGAUUCUAUUUUGCAAAGCCCAAGAGCUCCUCCAUUAAUAUUCCGGCCCAGCAAAGGGUCAGUGCAAAAUAACCUGAAAGAGAAUGGACAGGGAUGUGGAUUUGAGCACCUUCCACUCACUAUAGAAAUGUGGGCAGAUCAGCUCAUAGCCCUAAAGGAUUUGCAUAAGUCCUUGAGAAAACUGUCUCUGGAAUUGCUGCCUUGGAACACUAAAGAUCCACAGGAUAACAGAGAAUCCAUACGAGUUGAAGACCUCCAGUUGCUAGUAGAUGCAAUUUUGGAAGAACUAGAACAUAAGGAAAAGAACAGCCAGACACAGUCCUUGCAAACCCUGUCUGCCAUAGUGUCUCACUUCCAGAAGUUGUUUGAUGUGAAUUCUCUGAAUGGUGUUUAUCCACGGAUGAACGAGGUGUACAUAAAGCUGGGGGAAAUGACCAACGCCAUGAGGAACCUGCAUGAGCUCCUGGAACUAGACAGUUCAGCUCCACCCACUGUGGUAGUGGAUACUGUUGGGAAACUGUGUGACAUCAUUAAUAAGAACGUGACUGAGCAGGUACAGCAGCUUCUGGGCACCCAAGACAUCCACAGUAUCAUCACUAAGCUUGAAGAACAUGAGUGCUUCUUUCCACCCUUUCAAGCUCUCAUUCAAGAUUUGCUGUGUCUUCUAGAGAUCAGUAACGUGGAUGAUAUUUUACCUGCAGUACAAAACCUGAAAUGGGAAGCUGGUUAUGGGUGACUCUCCUCUUCCUGAGCAAGAUUUCUCUUACCUGUGAAUGUACCUCUUGGUGCACAUGCAGCUACCUCCUAAGCAAUAAUUCCAGAUUUUUUUACAUAAAUAAAAGUUGCUGCAUUUUUAA